AAUCAGAUGAGAACAAAAUGAAGUGCCAAUAAAUCUUUACUAGGACCUCCAAAGUGAUAAGCGAUAAAUUAUUUCUCACUUUUGUGUCCACCAUUUUUUCUCACUAAAAUUGUCCACCAUUUCUCACUUCUAUCAUAUACUCAACUUCACUCCCAAACUCUGAAUUCCUACUCCUCCAAAACCAGCUUUUCUAUACUCUCUUUUUCUUUCUCUCACUCCCUCUCUAGUGCAUUGAAAGAAACUUCUACCGCCACUAGCUCCACCGUGCAGGAUGUCGGUGAAGACGUGCGACCACCACAAGGGGAAGAAGAAGAAAAUCUUCCGGCGAAUCUUCUGGGGCAUCGUGAUCUUCCUCUUCAUCGUCCUCGUAACAAUCCUAAUCAUCUGGGCAAUCCUGAAGCCCAAUAAACCCACCUUCACACUCCAAGACGUAACCGUCUACGCCUUCAACGCCACAAUGGCCAACUUCCUCACCUCCAACUUCCAAGUCACGCUCUCCGCCCGCAACCCCAACGACAAGAUCGGCGUCUACUACGACCGCCUUGACGCCUACAUCACCUACCAGAGCCAGCAAGUCACCUACCGCACCGCCAUCCCUCCGUCGUACCAGGGCCACAAGGAGAUGGACGUUUGGUCCCCGUUUGUAUACGGCACCAACGUCCCGGUGGCUCCCUACAAUUUUGUUACUCUAAGCCAGGACCAGGCCAACGGUAACGUCCUCGUCACCGUUAAAGUUGACGGCAAGGUUCGAUGGAAGGUCGGCGCUUUUGUCACCGGCCACUACCACCUCAACGUCCGGUGCCCUGCUUUUAUUACCUUCGGCGCCAGAAGCAACGGCGUCGCCGUUGGUGAUAGCGGCGCCGUUAAGUAUCAGCUCGUCCAGCGCUGCUCCGUCAGCGUCUGAUUGAUUAGUUGGUUGAACUUCCGUCAACGCCGUUAAGUUUUCUAUCACUUGGAACUUCCCCUGUUUUGCUCUGUUCUGCUCUGUUCCUUGGUAUUAGUAUUUACAUACGGUCUUAAUUUCUAUUCUACGUAUUUCUUCUGUAUUGAUUUGUCUUUAGCUAUUAUGUACGUAAAUUUAUUGGGGUAUUUUGGAAUUGUACAUUUUAAUUACUACUAUAGAAUAAAAUUGCACUUGGAGGAAUUCAUAUUGGAAUUUGAUGAAGGAGAAAGACAUGUACUAUAGCGAAAUUACACUUUGUAACACGGCUAUUUGAUUAAGAUGAAAUAAAUUAGAACCUAUUUCAUAA